AUGAUCGUUUCACAUGGUGAGGAGAAGAAUUCAGCAAGCAGCUGGACCAUCAGCGAUUUGUACCAGGCUCUGCAAGCCGAGCAGCGCACUUCUGCCAACUUGAGGUGUGAACUGCAGAAAGCCAAAGAAGAAAUUCAUCAUCUACGUGAUUGUGUACAUCGCCUUGAACGAAGCAACAGGUUUGUUCGAUGUGAUGGCAAGGACGAAGAGCAGGCAAGUGCCUCCACGGAGGAAGCAACAGCACGUGAGCAAGUUCCUCAGCACAGCACGCCGCCGUGCACCGAUGCGCAUUCGCAGCAUGCUGAUGGCAUCGAACUCCAGGGGCUCAAGCCAAACGGCGGCCAUGUGGAAGCUGAUGCAGUGCAGAGCCAAGAGGGCAUCACCGGCAAGUCCGAGAUGGACGGGCCGGGCACGGCUUCAAAAGGCUCUUAUGUAAGAGCUGCGGACAAGGUCUACUGGGUUAGCUAUGAAGAUCCGCUCCAGCUGAUUCGGCUGCCAAGCGCAGAGGCGGUGGGCCCUCGAUCUUCAAGGAGUCCGGAUGCAGAUGCUGCAAUGGGGGCCCAGGCUGUGCCGACCCUUUCCCGGCAGCCCAAAAGCGGAGAGGAGGUCUUGCUGCCAGGAACACCUGAACAUCUGCCGCGCGCCCUUCGACCAUCAAGUGCAGAGCGCAGCUGCUUCUCUGCCCGUGGCAAGUUGCAAGGCCAUGGCUUCGCUGUGAUGCAGGUACCGACACACCGCACCAUCGCUCAAAGGCAAGCGGUUGGCGGGGUCGGCGUGGUGCAUCGCCUCUUGGCUCCGCAGGUCUAUCCAACACAGUGGCAGACCCAAACCUUGCAGUCCCUUUACCCUUUUGAUCUGCUUAGCGGAGAGCGAGCUCAACACACUGCUUGCAUGCCAGACACAGUUUGCUCCAGCGGCAGAGAUCAGGUAGCCUUCAAAGCAGUGUGA